AUGUCAUCGGCCCUGAGGGACGAUGCCUCAAUGCCGGCGCUUCCACAACACGAAUCACGAAAGGAUGGCGACCGGCAAGGCCGUCGCCUGCGCGAGGGAAAUGUCGCCGUGUGCCCCACAGACGACGAGGCGGUAGUACCGAGGAAGGUCGACAAGCAGAGCCUGGACUACCUGUGGCGCUCGGGCACGGCGGGCGGUCUUGCAGGAUGCGCUGCAAAAACCGUCGUCGCGCCGCUUGACCGGGUCAAAAUCCUCUUCCAGGCAAGGAAUCCACAGUUCGUCAAGUACUCGGGGUCCUGGGUUGGUACAGGCGCUGCUAUGACCGAGAUAUACCGCCAGCAGGGCACCGCAGGACUGUUCAGGGGUCACUCUGCCACACUGCUCAGAGUGUUCCCCUACGCCGGGAUCAAGUUCCUUGCCUAUGAGCAAAUACGAUCGGCCGUUAUACCAUCCAAAGACCACGAGACCCCCCUGAGGCGGCUCCUGAGCGGCUCUCUUGCUGGGGCAACCUCGGUGUUCUUUACCUACCCACUGGAGGUGAUACGGGUGCGGCUGGCAUUCGAGACGAAACAACACGACCGGUCGUCAUUAUCUUCUAUUUGCAGACAAAUCUACAACGAGCACCCGGGUGCGUCAUCUGCUACCGGAGUACAGGGUCCGGCUGCCGUCAGGCUAGCCACCGCGGCGGUCUCGAAUGUGGAGGCUGCCGUUGUACCACAGAGGGGGAUGAUCAAUUUCUACCGGGGCUUCUCCCCCACGAUCCUCGGGAUGCUCCCCUACGCCGGCGUGUCCUUCCUCACCCACGACACAAUGGGGGACCUGUUGCGCCACAAGACGAUAGCGAAAUGGACGACGCUGCCGCAGCGCAAGAACGCGCCCCAGGGGAAACCGCCACUGCUGCAGUCCUGGGCGGAGCUGCUGGCGGGAGGCGUGGCGGGCCUGGUCUCCCAGACGUGCUCGUACCCGCUCGAGGUCGUGCGGCGGCGGAUGCAGGUCGCAGGGGCGGUGGGCGACGGCCACCGGCUGCGCAUCGCCGAGACGGCGGCGCUGAUCAUGAGGGAGGCGGGGUUCCGGGGUUUCUUUGUCGGUCUCACGAUCGGAUACGUAAAGAUCGUGCCCAUGAGCGCGGUCAGCUUCUUUACAUACGAGCGGAUGAAGUCGGUGUUUGGCAUUUAG